AUGGCUCAACGUAAUUUAGAUAUGCCCAUUCCUUUUCCCUAUCAAUCUCAACUUCAUUCUGUCGCUAACCAGCAGCCUUACUGUGCACAUCCUACACUUGUGCAACCUUUUGUUCAUGUUCCCCUCGUUGAUGCUGUUGAUACUGUCGGCAGGAUUUAUCAAGGAUUUUAUGUUGGGGAUCUGGGUUGUGGAUAUACACUUGUUCCAGGCUUUCCUACACAGGCUCUGAACUAUGUGUCUCCAUAUUUGGCUCCACAUAUGAAUCCAGCUGCCACUAUGCCACCCGCAGCUUUGAAGGAUAGCGUCAGGAAGCAAAUCGAAUACUACUUCAGCGAUGAAAAUCUUCGUGAUGACCCGUACUUGAUCUCACUGAUGGAUGGCCAAGGGUGGGUUGCUAUAUCCAAUAUUGCAGAAUUCAGGAGGGUUAAAAAGAUGAGUACAGAUAUAUCCUUUAUUCUUGAUGCGUUGAAAAGCUUGACUUCUGUAGAAGUUCAAGGUAAUUUGAUAAGAAGACAGGGCGUGUAG